CAUAAGAUCUGAAAGAUGUCACAUAAACAAUGUAAUUGUUUAAGCAAAUAUUGUAACAAUUAUUUUCUUCUUCUGAAGGAACAAUAUUCUUCAAGAGAAGCUCACUCUACCAAAGCCAGGAGCACAGUAUUCUCAGGAUCUCAACAAGGAAGAGCAGACGAAGGUUGCUUCUGAUUCCUUGCAACCUUCUGUAAUUCCAGGCUUGUGGCCCCAGAUUCAGGGCCCCACCCUUCCAGGAACAAAUCAUUAUAGUAAUAACUUGCCUUCAUCUUCCACAUACCAACUAAGCAUGUUUAACUACGAACGUCCAAAACACUUCAUCCAGUCCCAAAACCCAUGUGGCUCCAGACUGCAGCCUCCUGGACCGGAAACCUCCAGCUUCUCUAGCCAGACCAAACAGUCUUCCAUUACCAUCCAGCCCCGCCAGUGUACAGAGCAAAGAUUUUCCGCCUCCUCAACAGUGAGCUCUCACAUCACCAUGUCCUCCUCCGCUUUCCCUGCCUCUCCCCAGCAGCCUGCUGGCUCCAACCCAGGCCAAAGGGUUACAACCACCUAUAACCAGUCCCCAGCCAGCUUCCUCAGCUCCAUAUUACCAUCACAGCCUGAUUACAAUAGCAGUAAAAUCCCUUCCGCUAUGGAUUCCAACUAUCAACAGUUCUCAGCUGGCCAACCUGUAAAUGCUAAGCCAUCCCAAACUGCAAAUGCUAAGCCCACACCAAGAACUCCUGAUCAUGAAAUACAAGGAUCAAAAGAAGCUUUGAUUCAAGAUUUGGAAAGAAAGCUGAAAUGCAAGGACACCCUUCUUCAUAAUGGAAAUCAACGGCUAACAUAUGAAGAGAAGAUGGCUCGCAGAUUGCUAGGACCACAGAAUGCAGCUGCCGUGUUUCAAGCUCAGAAUGACAGUGGUGCACAAGACUCACAGCAACACAACUCAGAAUAUGCGCGACUGCAAGUUCCUACAUCACAAGUAAGAAGUAGAUCAUCCUCAAGGGGAGAUGUGAAUGAUCAGGAUGCAAUCCAGGAGAAAUUUUACCCACCACGUUUCAUUCAAGUGCCAGAGAACAUGUCGAUUGAUGAAGGAAGAUUCUGCAGAAUGGACUUCAAAGUGAGCGGACUGCCAGCUCCUGAUGUGUCAUGGUAUCUAAAUGGAAGACCAGUUCAAUCAGAUGAUUUGCACAAAAUGAUAGUGUCUGAGAAGGGUCUUCAUUCACUCAUCUUUGAAGUAGUCAGAGCUUCAGAUGCAGGGGCUUAUGCAUGUGUUGCCAGGAAUAGAGCAGGAGAAGCCACCUUCACUGUGCAGCUGGAUGUCCUUGCAAAAGAACAUAAAAGAGCACCAAUGUUUAUCUACAAACCACAGAGCAAAAAAGUUUUAGAGGGAGACUCAGUGAAACUAGAAUGCCAGAUCUCGGCUAUACCUCCACCAAAGCUUUUCUGGAAAAGAAAUAAUGAAAUGGUACAAUUCAACACUGACCGAAUAAGCUUAUAUCAAGAUAACACUGGAAGAGUUACUUUACUGAUAAAAGAUGUAAACAAGAAAGAUGCUGGGUGGUAUACUGUGUCAGCAGUUAAUGAAGCUGGAGUGACCACAUGUAACACAAGAUUAGACGUUACGGCACGUCCAAACCAAACUCUUCCAGCUCCUAAGCAGUUACGGGUUCGACCAACAUUCAGCAAAUAUUUAGCACUAAACGGGAGAGGUUUGGAUGUAAAACAAGCUUUUAACCCAGAAGGAGAAUUUCAGCGUUUGGCAGCUCAAUCUGGACUCUAUGAAAGUGAAGAACUUUAAUAACUUUACCAACAUUGGAAAACAGCCAACUACACCAUUAGUAAUAUAAUUGAUUACAUUUUUUUGAAAUUAAUCCAUAGCUGUAUUAACAGAUUAUGGUUUUAAUUAGGUAAUAUAGUUAAUAUAUAUUUAUAAUAUUAUUUAUCCUUUGACUCUUGCACAUUCUAUGUACUCCUCCAAUUUGUGAAGCCUACAGGAAAUCUGGGUAUAUGGAUUUGUAACUGUAGAAAACCAUCUUAAAAUACAGGAUUUUAACAUUUAAGUCAUAUACAUUUAACAAUUACAGGUUAUAAAUUAGUAUCAACUUUUUAAAUACAUCUAAUGCUUGUAAUAACGUUUAUUGGUACUGCUUUCUAAAUACUGUUUUGCCCGUUUUCUCUUGUAGGAAUACUAACAUGGUAUAGAUUAUCUGAGUGUUCCACAGUUUUAUGUCAAAAGAGAAUAAAAUUCAAAUAUUUAAAACGGA